AUUUUGUCUAGUCGGUUGAACAACUUUAGUGCAGGUGUCAAGAAUUCGGAGGUAUUUUCCCAGCUUUCCCACACCGAUCUGAUCAAAAGCAAAGAUGGAAUCAGGCAGUUCGACGAAACAAAAAUAAGGCAUCAAAAUAUAUGUGGCCUUAUUUGCGGCCUGAAGAACUGGUGGAGAUUGCUAUGAACCUAUGGGACGAAGAAGAGAACGAUCCAAUUGAUUUUUCAGAUGAAAGUGACGAAGAAAGUGAGGUUAUCGAGGAAAAUCUGUACAAUAGUGAUUCCGAGCAAUCAGUCGAUGGAGACGAUCCAAAUGAGACUAAUUGGGAAGAAAUAAAAGACGACGACCAUCGGUUUUAUGUGGGUACGGAUAACUCCACUAUAUGGAUAAAUAAAACAGGUGCUAUACCGUCAAAAACAAGAGAAAAAAAAAUAAUUUUCGCUGGCCCUGCCCGUCACGCAAGAAAUACGCCUACGGAAUUAGAUGCAUUCUCCAUUUUUAUCACGGAUAAUAUCCUGGACGACAUUGUUAGAUUCACAAAUAUAUAUAUAGAAAAGAAAAGAUCAAUUGCUGAAUAUCACAGAGAAAGAGACAGUAAAUACACUACAAGGGCCGAAAUCAAAGCUCUAUUUGGCGUUCUUUUUCUGAUUUCCGUAAAAAAAGGAACGCAUGCUAAUGUUUUAGAGCUGUGGAGUACAGACGGUACCGGAAUGAUGACUUUGAGGGCUGCCUUUAGUUAUAAAAGAUUCCUAUUUUUGAUGCGUUCGAUUCGUUUCGGAGCAAAAAGAGAAAAAUAUGAUAAACUAGCCGCAAUCAGGGAUUUUUACACAAAUUUUGUAGAAAAUUGUCGAAAUAACUAUUAUCCUGGUAAAUUUACGACAAUCGGUGAAAUGCUUCAUCCUUUUCGUGGCCGUUGUGGAUUUAUCCAACAUAUGCCCCAAAAACCAGCGAAAUAUGGAUUGAAGUUAUAUGCUCUUUGCGAUAGCAAUACCUCUUAUACAUGGAAUUUUGAAAUGUAUUGUGGGAAACAAACAGAUGGACCUUAUGUUGUUUCAAAUAAACCAACAGAUAUCGUAAAAAGGUUGAUUGAUCGUUUAAAAAACACCAAUAGAAAUUUGACGAUGGAUAAUUAUUACACUAGUUAUCCACUUGCGCAAUACCUUCUUGAGAAUGGCAUUACAAUUCUUGGCACAAUGAAAAAAAAUAAAGUCGAAAUUCCAGCGGAGUUUCUUCCUCAUAAAGCCCGUAAGGUAGGAUCGUCGCUUUUUGGAUUUAAAGACAACAUAACCAUUGUUUCCCACGUACCUAAAAAAAAUAAGGCUGUCAUUUUAUUAUCAACAAUGCAUGAUGCCCGAGAGGUCGAUCCAGAAACCGGCAAGCCUAUUAUAUUAUUAGACUACAAUAGAACAAAAGGCGGAGUGGAUACGGUUGAUCAAAAAUGCGCUUCGUACUCGACCCAAAGAAUGACAAAAAGAUGGUCUCUAGCCCUAUUCUUCAGAUUUUUGGAUAUCGCAGGUAUAAAUGCAGAAGUUAUAUUUAAGGCUAAUAAUCCAGAAAAGGGUGAAAAAAGGAAAUCUUUUCUUACUAAUUUAGCAUUUGGUCUUAUGGAAGACCACAUGAAAGAAAGGGCCAGUAUAAAAACGCUUCCUAGAGACUUGCAAGUUUUUCUCACAAAAUAUGCUCCAGAAGUAACGCCAGCAGCCAGAAACGAGAAACGAGUUGGACCUUGCCAUGCUUGUGGAACCCAUAAAAAUAAUAAGACUACAAUUUUUUGUAACUUAUGCAACAAAUUUGUUUGUAAAAGUCACAGCGAAAAAUUAGUCAGUUGUAUUACUUGUAUACAUCCACCAAUGGAAGAAGACUAAACAUUUAGA